UCACUGCGUCAUCAUUAAGCUCGCGCACAAGUGUGGCUGACAAGUGAGAGCCACACGUUUACGAGUGACUUUAAUGCUGUUGGGACAAUCGUUCUUCGCCUGUUUGAUCACAUAAGAUGUCUUCACUCCUCAAAGUGGACAAUGAAAUUAAAACCAAGGUUGAUGCUUUCAGGGAACGAAUCACUUCAGAAGCAGAGGAUCUAGUUGCUAAUUUUUUCCCAAAGAAGUUACUGGAACUUGAUCACUUCCUCAAGCUUCAUUCGUUUUUACAGGAUCCCAUCAUAAACAUCAGUGAUCUGAAGGAGAUCCACUCUGAGAUCAACCUCACCGUGCCAGACCCCAUCCUGCUCUCAAACCUGCAUGACGGACUAGAAGGGCAAAAUGCCAAAAAGAGGAAGAUGGAAGAUGGAGGGGAUGAUAAGGUGACUGGCACCAAGGUCUUCGUCAUGCCUGGUGGGAUGAUGAAGAGCAAUGGGAACCUUGUUGAUCUUAUUGAAAAGGUCAAACCAGAGAUCAGGACGCUCAUAGAGAAAUGUAACACAGUCAAAAUGUGGGUUCAGCUGCUCAUCCCCAGGAUAGAGGAUGGAAACAACUUCGGUGUGUCCAUUCAGGAGGAGACGGUAGCUGAACUCAGAACAGUGGAAGGGGAGGCGGCAUCCUACCUCGAUCAGAUUUCAAGAUACUACAUCACACGGGCAAAGCUGGUUUCUAAAAUAGCAAAAUAUCCACAUGUGGAGGACUAUCGGCGCACAGUAACCGAGAUUGAUGAGAAGGAAUACAUCAGUCUGAAGAUCAUAGUUUCGGAGCUUCGAAAUCAAUACGUCACGUUACACGACAUGAUCCUGAAGAACAUCGAGAAGAUCAAGAGGCCACGGAGCAGUAACGCCGAGGCGUUGUACUGAUCUUCAUCCAGCCACCAUCGUCUCCACCUCCCAUCUCCGACCCGUCGUCUCCCCAACCCCCCCUGUCAUGCCUCGUCGAGCUACAGUAGCCUGGCCCUGGUCCACAGGACUCCAACUAGACAUUCACUCAUUUCAGUACAAUCAACUCAGCCCAGUGCAGAAACAAUAGCUUUCAUAGAUGGACACAACAUGCACGUUUUUGUUUUAAUUGUAAGAUAUUUGUCUUGUUUUAAAUCCUUUUGAAGACAUAAACAUUCUCUCAGAAAGCAGGGAGAUAGCUCAUAAACAACAUAAAGCGCUAUGUAUUUUUUAAUUUUAAUUAAACAUUUUGUCCUCAUAUCUUUGUGAAAUCGCCUCAUUUAUAGCUCUUACAGUGGUUUCUUUCGUGCUUCACUGAUUGUUUCUUUUGUUUUUAUGUUCUCAGUCUCGUUCUAAGACUUUUCUGCGGCUGGAGGAUCAUUUCAAAGGUUCACAACACAACAAAUGCUGUUCUAUGUUUCCUUUUUGUUCUCCAAAUGUUCUAGCUGAUGCAGUGUAGAUGUACCAAACUAUGAAAACUAAGCAGGUUUUAGGUCUUCAGGCUUAUUGUUUUCAGUGAAAAUUCAUAAGUCACCAAAGCAUCAUUGAUGUAGAGGCAUGUAUCUAUUGAAUAAAGGUUUUUUGAUAAGAGA